AUGACCUCCCGACAGGCAAAGCUCGAAAGCCAUCGACGUUACCUCAACCGCCCUCGUAUGACUGAAAAGGAGCUGAAUCAGUGGUUCAAAAAACAAGAACAGGAUAGGAAAAAAGUCGAAGAGAUGGAACGCCAGAAGAAUAGAAGGGCCAAAGCCGCGGCGCGUAGGAAGGAGAAGGCACUCAAUGCCCCGAAACCAGUGCCGAAACUAAAGGAAGGACAGAUGCCUUUAACAAACUUCGGCUUCCAAAAACCAAAGCAUGAUGCUGUAGUUUAA